AUGUCACUCGGGUUUGAUCCCACCACGUAUGAUUUGACCGAAGGAGUUCUAUUUGCUAGCAAGGAAUUGCUCAUAUCUGCUGUGAUACAGGCACAAAUUAGGACAGAUCGGAACUACAUCAUGGAGAAAAGCACCCCGCAGGUGUCCCAGACCCCUCAAUUGAAGGUAAGCAACAUCAUCACAAUGGUCAAUGAUGAGUACCAGCAUUUAGUGAGUUACGUGAAAGCAUGGAGGGGGAAGAUGGCCGCCAUGGAGAGCGUUUAUGGUAGCUGGAAGACAACCUACAACGAGCUCUCUCGGUUCCUGAACGUCAUGGCUAGUACAAAUGUCGGAAGUAUAUUUGUGGUUGAGGUUGUUCCACAUCAUAUCGAGAGGGGUACAUCGACUUUUGUUCAUGCAUUUCGGUGCUUGAAAGCAAGCAUUGAUGGUUGGAAGAAUGCACGGCCAGUUAUUUCCAUUGAUGGUACAUUUCUUAAGGGAAAGUAUAAUGGGAAGUUGCUCGUAGCGGUUGGAGUCGACUCUAAUAACCACCAAUAUCCCAUAUGCUUCGCCCUUGUUGAUGGGGAAACAACGGAAUUGGUCUUGGUUUCUACGUCUUUUACGAAGACAUGCUUUCACAGAUUCUGUCUCCAUCAUGUUAGGAGCAACUUCUCAAAGGCAUACCCUGGAAAGGAGCUCAAGAUGUACAUGUGGCUAGUCGGCAGUACGCCACAAAUUAGGAAACAUGAUGCCUACAUGAAGAAGAUUGGGGAGCUUUCUCCUCAAGCCUUGAGGUGGCUGCAGGGGAUAAAUCCUGCCCUGUGGACAAUUUGUCAUGACACAGGCCACGCUCGUUACGGCCAAGCCACCACAAACAUCACGGAGAGCUUUAAUGGUAACGUGCGCGUGACUCGGCACCUACCUGUGACCGCAAUGAUUGAAUUCUUAUUUUAUAAAACUGUUAGGACGGUCAACAAGGAGAGGAACGCAGUGCUUGAGGGCUUGAGCGAAGGUCAUGAACUUUGUCUCAAGACGAGAAAUCAGUUGGAGAAGAUUGCAGCCAAAUCGAACGGGCACCGGGUCGAAAAGUUUAAUCGAGGAACUGGUUUGUUCUCCGUAAAGACGCAAAGGUACAGGUUAAAAGGGACUAAUAAGGGCGGAAACACACAGGUGGUUGACAUAACUCAGCGUACAUGCACUUGCGGGAAAUGGGCAUGCCACUGCCUGGCGUGUUCACAUUUGAUUGCUGCUUGCAACCACAAUCAUUUAAACUGGAAACAGUGGAUUGGCCCAUUCCACUACAACUCCACUUUGUUGAAAUUGUGGGAGCCAAUGAUAUAUCCAUUACCAGCAACUGGGUAUUGGGAUAUUGAUUUUCCAGUCGAAUAA